AUGCUUCCAGCGAAUAAGGCGCUGGAGUGGCAGCAAUUGCAAUCGAAGAAGUAUGCGGACAAGCGAAAGUUUGGUUUUGUGGAGGCGCAGAAGGAGGACAUGCCUCCUGAACACAUCCGCAAAAUCGUUCGUGAUCAUGGUGAUAUGACCAAUCGCAAGUUUCGCCAUGAUAAACGUGUUUAUCUGGGAGCGCUCAAGUAUAUGCCGCAUGCCAUCUUGAAGCUCCUAGAGAACAUGCCGAUGCCUUGGGAGCAGAUAAGAGAUGUCUUGUAUCACAUCACGGGAGCUAUUACCUUCGUGAACGAAAUACCUUGGGUUGUCGAGCCGAUCUACGUCGCCCAGUGGAGCUCCAUGUGGAUUAUGAUGCGUCGCGAAAAGCGAGAUCGACGACACUUUAAGCGAAUGCGCUUCCCUCCUUUCGAUGAUGAAGAACCACCACUAGACUACGCUGAUAAUAUUCUUGACGUUGAACCUCUAGAACCGAUCCAAAUGGAUCUUGAUCCCGAAGAGGAUGGCGCUAUUGCUGAGUGGUUCUAUGAUCGGAAUCCUCUCGCUGAAACUCCGCACGUGAAUGGUCUUACGUAUCGACAUUGGAAUUUGCCACUGCCGAUAAUGUCGAAUUUAUAUCGUCUAGCCAACUGUCUUUUGACGGAUCUUGUGGAUGAUAACUACUUUUAUCUCUUCGACCUCAAGUCGUUUUUCACCGCAAAAGCUCUUAACGUGGCUCUACCAGGUGGUCCAAAGUUUGAACCAUUGGUGAAGGACAAAAACCUUGAUGACGAGGACUGGAAUGAAUUCAACGACAUUAAUAAGAUUAUAAUCCGCCAGCCCAUUCGCACGGAGUAUCGAAUUGCCUUUCCCUACCUGUAUAAUAGUUAUCCCUUUCAAGUUCACCUGUCAUGGUACCAUACACCAAACGUUCUUUUCAUAAAGACUGAAGAUCCCGAUCUCCCGGCCUUCUACUUUGAUCCUCUCAUUAACCCAAUUUCACAACGUCACACUGUAAAGGUUCCAGAGGCUCAUAUUGCAGGCUUCGACGAGGAUGAGGGGGGAUUCAGCCUUCCAGAGCACUACAGACCCUUUAUGGCUGAGACACCUUUGUACACAGACAACACGGCCAAUGGUAUCGGCCUCCUCUGGGCACCCAGACCCUUCAAUCUUAGGUCUGGUUGCACCCGACGCGCUCUUGACGUUCCAUUGGUUCAAACUUGGUAUCGAGAACACUGUCCCUCUGGAAUGCCAGUGAAGGUUCGUGUAUCCUACCAAAAGCUGCUGAAGUACUUCGUGCUCAACGCCCUACAUCACAGGAAGCCAAAACCACAGCGGAAGCGCUAUCUCUUCCGCUCGUUCAAGGCUACUAAGUUCUUCCAAGCCACCACGCUUGAUUGGGUGGAGGUGGGCCUCCAAGUUUGUCGUCAGGGCUACAACAUGCUGAAUCUGCUGAUCCAUCGAAAGAACCUUAAUUAUCUUCACCUAGACUACAACUUCAACCUAAAACCAGUUAAGACUUUGACCACGAAGGAGCGCAAAAAGUCGCGUUUCGGCAAUGCCUUCCAUCUUUGCCGCGAGAUCCUUCGUUUGACCAAGCUCGUGGUCGAUAGCCACGUGCAGUAUCGUCUGGGCAAUGUGGAUGCCUAUCAGCUCGCUGAUGGCCUCCAAUACAUCUUCUCCCAUGUCGGCCAACUCACGGGCAUGUACCGUUACAAGUACAAACUCAUGCGACAAAUCCGUAUGUGCAAAGACCUAAAACACUUAAUCUAUUAUCGAUUCAACACCGGUCCAGUGGGUAAAGGUCCCGGGGUCGGUAUGUGGGCGCCAGCGUGGCGCGUCUGGCUCUUCUUCAUGCGCGGAAUCACCCCGCUUUUGGAGCGGUGGCUAGGCAACCUUCUAUCCCGACAGUUCGAGGGACGUCACUCUAAGGGAGUGGCUAAGACUGUCACUAAGCAGCGUGUGGAGUCACAUUAUGAUUUGGAAUUGCGUGCUGCUGUCAUGCACGAUAUCAUCGACAUGAUGCCCGAGGGUAUUAAGCAGAACAAAGCGAGAACCAUUCUACAGCACCUGAGUGAAGCCUGGCGUUGUUGGAAGGCCAACAUACCUUGGAAGGUGCCUAAUAUGCCCAUCCCCAUCGAAAAUAUGAUUUUGCGUUACGUGAAAGCUAAGGCAGAUUGGUGGACAAACACAGCUCAUUACAACCGCGAGCGUAUUCGUCGUGGAGCCACGGUAGAUAAAACAGUUUGCAAAAAGAACCUGGGUCGUCUCACUCGCCUCUACCUAAAAGCGGAGCAAGAAAGGCAGCAUAAUUACCUCAAGGACGGUCCCUAUGUCACGCCUGAGGAGGCGGUGGCUAUCUACACCACGACAGUGCAUUGGCUAGAGAGUCGUCGUUUCUCCCCCAUUCCUUUCCCUCCAGUAAGCUACAAGCAUGACACAAAGUUGUUGAUUCUAGCCCUGGAGCGACUGCGUGAAUCAUACUCCGUGAAGAACCGUUUAAACCAAUCGCAGCGUGAGGAAUUGGGUCUAAUUGAGCAGGCCUAUGAUAGCCCACACGAGGCGUUAAGUCGAAUCAAGCGUCAUCUGUUGACACAACGAGCUUUUAAAGAGGUGGGAAUCGAGUUUAUGGACCUCUACAGCCACCUUGUACCAGUUUACGACGUUGAACCAUUGGAAAAGAUCACAGACGCUUAUCUUGACCAGUAUUUAUGGUAUGAAGCGGAUAAGCGAAGGCUCUUCCCACCUUGGAUCAAGCCUGCGGAUUCUGAACCCCCGCCACUUCUGGUCUAUAAGUGGUGUCAGGGCAUUAACAACCUAAAGGAUGUGUGGGAGACGAGUGAGGGUGAGUGCAACGUGCUGCUUGAGACGCGUUUCGAGAAGGUCUACGAGAAGGUCGAUCUCACCUUGCUCAAUCGUCUGCUGCGCCUCAUCGUUGAUCACAACAUUGCUGACUAUAUGACAGCGAAGAAUAACGUUGUGAUCAAUUACAAGGACAUGAACCACAUUAAUAGCUACGGCAUCAUCCGUGGUCUUCAGUUUGCCUCUUUCAUCAUGCAGUACUAUGGUUUGGUUCUCGAUCUCCUUGUUGUCGGUCUGGAACGUUCCUCCGAGAUGGCUGGAUCCCCACAAAUGCCCAACGACUUUUUGCAGUACCAGGACACCGCCACCGAGGUCGCUCACCCCAUCCGUCUCUACACACGUUACGUGGACCGCUUUUGGAUGUUUCUGCGCUUCAGUGCCGAGGAGGCGCGUGAUCUUAUCCAGCGCUACCUCACUGAGCAUCCUGAUCCCAACAACGAAAACAUUGUGGGCUACAAUAAUAAGAAAUGCUGGCCCCGGGACUCGCGGAUGCGGCUGAUGAAGCACGAUGUCAACCUGGGUCGAGCGGUGUUCUGGGACAUUAAGAACCGUCUGCCACGCUCUGUCACCACGAUUGAUUGGGAAAGCUCCUUUGUGUCAGUCUACUCGAAGGACAAUCCCAAUCUUUUAUUUGCGAUGUGUGGCUUUGAGUGUCGUAUCCGACCGGCAUGUAGAGCUCCUAGCCAGGCUUCUGACGUGAAUCUGCCGGGUGGAGUAUGGCAUCUGCAAAAUGAGGUGACGAAGGAGCGCACUGCCCAAUGCUUCCUUCGUGUGGAUGACGAGUCGAUGCAACGAUUCCACAAUCGCGUACGCCAGAUCCUCAUGGCCUCGGGCUCAACGACUUUUACGAAGAUCGUGAACAAGUGGAACACCGCCCUUAUUGGUCUCAUGACAUACUUUCGCGAGGCCGCCAGUUCCACUGUGCCACUGCUCGACCUGUUGGUGAAGUGCGAGAAUAAAAUCCAGACCCGCAUUAAAAUUGGCCUCAAUUCAAAGAUGCCGGCUCGUUUCCCACCUGUUGUCUUCUAUACUCCCAAGGAGCUAGGUGGUCUAGGCAUGCUGAGCAUGGGUCACGUGCUCAUCCCUCAAUCUGACUUGCGAUGGUCGAAACAGACGGACGUGGGUAUCACCCACUUCCGCUCAGGCAUGAGCCACGAUGAGGACCAAGUGAUUCCCACUCUCUUCUCCUACAUCCAGACCUGGGAAACCGAGUUCCGUGACUCCCAGUCAGUGUGGGCUGAAUACGCACUCAAACGCCAGGAGGCCAACGCGCAAAAUAGACGUUUGACUCUGGAAGACCUGGAAGACAGCUGGGAUCGGGGUAUUCCGCGAAUCAACACCCUCUUUCAGAAGGACCGGCAUACCCUGGCCUACGACAAAGGUUGGCGCGUUCGAACGGAAUUCAAGCAGUAUCAGGUGCUGAAGCAGAACCCUUUCUGGUGGACACAUCAGCGCCACGAUGGUAAGCUGUGGAAUCUCAACAACUACCGCACCGACAUGAUCCAGGCCCUGGGCGGUGUGGAGGGAAUUUUGGAGCAUACCCUCUUCAAGGGCACAUACUUCCCCACCUGGGAGGGUCUCUUUUGGGAGAAGGCGAGUGGUUUCGAAGAGUCGAUGAAGUACAAGAAGCUGACGAACGCCCAGCGCUCCGGUCUAAACCAGAUUCCAAAUCGUCGAUUCACGUUGUGGUGGUCACCCACCAUUAAUCGUGCUAAUGUGUACGUAGGUUUCCAAGUACAGUUGGAUUUGACUGGAAUCUUCAUGCAUGGCAAAAUUCCCACGCUGAAGAUUUCUCUCAUUCAAAUCUUCCGCGCCCACUUGUGGCAGAAGAUCCACGAGUCGGUGGUGAUGGACCUCUGCCAGGUCUUCGAUCAGGAGCUCGACGCUCUCGAGAUUGAGACGGUGCAGAAGGAGACCAUCCACCCGCGCAAGUCCUACAAAAUGAACUCCAGCUGCGCUGACAUCCUCCUCUUCGCCUCGUACAAGUGGCCUGUCUCUCGACCCAGUCUUUUAGCCGACUCAAAGGACGUGAUGGACGGCACCACGACGCAAAAGUACUGGAUUGAUGUGCAGCUACGUUGGGGCGAUUACGACUCACACGACGUGGAACGCUACUGCAGAGCCAAAUUCCUCGACUACACCACCGACACUAUGUCUAUCUACCCCUCACCCACCGGCGUAAUGAUUGCCAUUGACCUAGCCUACAACCUUCACAGCGCUUACGGCAACUGGUUCCCAGGCUGCAAGCCGCUCAUUCAACAGGCUAUGCUGAAGAUUAUGAAGGCUAAUCCUGCGCUCUACGUGUUGCGUGAACGCAUUCGCAAGGCUCUGCAGCUCUACUCCAGCGAGCCCACGGAGCCCUACCUUAGCUCGCAAAAUUACAAUGAGCUCUUCUCUAACCAGACUAUCUGGUUUGUGGAUGACACCAACGUCUAUCGCGUCACCAUACACAAGACAUUCGAGGGUAAUCUCACCACCAAGCCCAUAAACGGUGCGAUUUUCAUUUUCAAUCCACGGACGGGUCAGCUCUUCCUGAAGAUUAUCCACACCUCCGUGUGGGCGGGUCAGAAACGUCUGGGUCAAUUGGCCAAAUGGAAGACGGCCGAAGAGGUGGCCGCGCUCAUCCGUUCUCUGCCUGUAGAAGAACAGCCCAAGCAGAUCAUCGUCACACGCAAGGGCAUGCUCGACCCCUUGGAGGUCCACCUCCUCGACUUCCCUAACAUUGUCAUCAAGGGAUCGGAGCUACAGCUGCCCUUCCAGGCCUGUUUGAAGGUGGAGAAGUUUGGUGAUCUCAUUCUCAAGGCGACGGAGCCGCAGAUGGUCCUAUUUAACCUUUAUGAUGACUGGCUCAAGUCUAUUAGCUCCUAUACCGCCUUUUCGCGUCUAAUCCUCAUCCUUCGCGCCCUCCAUGUGAACAACGACAAGGCGAAAGUGACUUUGAAGCCAGACAAAACCACCAUCACUGAGCCACAUCACAUCUGGCCCACGCUUACUCCUGAGGAGUGGAUCAAGGUGGAGUAUCAGCUGAAGGAUCUCAUUCUCGCUGACUACGGGAAAAAGAACAAUGUAAACGUCGCCUCGCUGACCCAGUCGGAGAUCCGCGAUAUCAUCCUGGGUAUGGAGAUCUCGGCUCCGUCACAGCAGCGACAGCAGAUAGCAGAGAUUGAGAAGGCGGCGAAGGACCAGGCGCAACUCACCGCCACCACUACGAAAACGGUGAACAAGCACGGGGAAGAGAUCAUCUCCACCACUACCUCCAAUUACGAGAAGCAGCACUUCAGCAGCAAAACGGAGUGGCGAGUGCGCGCCAUCUCUGCUACUAAUCUCUAUCUUCGCACCAACAACAUCUACGUCAGCUCCGAUGACAUUAAAGAGAACGGGUAUACCUACAUCUUGCCCAAGAAUGUCCUUAAGAAGUUCAUCACCAUUUCUGAUCUACGAGCUCAGAUCUGUGGCUAUCUCUAUGGCAUCUCACCACCAGACAAUAAUCAAAUCAAGGAGAUUCGUUGCAUCGUGAUGCCACCGCAGUGGGGCACUCACCAGACAGUUCACGUUCCUGAGGGCCUUCCCCAAGAUGAGUACCUUCGCGAAAUGGAACCUCUUGGAUGGAUCCACACUCAGCCCAACGAACUGCCUCAGCUAUCACCUCAGGAUGUGACAACACACGCAAAGUUAUUCGCAGAGCACGAUGGUGAGCGGACCAUAGUGAUCACCUGCAGUUUUACACCGGGCUCAGUGUCCCUUUGCGCCUACAAACUAACCCCGGGUGGGUACGAGUGGGGUCGCCAGAACACCGACAAGGGGAACAAUCCCAAGGGCUAUCUGCCCAGCCAUUACGAACGCGUUCAGAUGCUCCUCUCCGAUCGCUUCCUCGGUUUCUUCAUGGUGCCUGCGCAGGGCUCCUGGAACUACAAUUUCAUGGGUGUGCGUCACAAUCCGAAUAUGAAGUACGAACUCCAGCCGUUGAAGCCGAAGAAGUUUUACCACCGCAUUCACCGACCCUCACACUUCCUCGACUUCACCAACGUAGAGGAGAGCGAGUCAUUCGCCGCGGAUCGAUUUGUGUGGUGGCUUGGUAGCGAUACCAAGGACUGGGAGUAUUAG